GGGACCAAUUUGACCUUAAAUGAAUAGUUUUGGAUUAUUAGGAUAAAACGGUGAAUUUGGAUUCAUUUGAACCUCAACAAAUGUUCAGGGUUUAUUUGGACAUUUUCUCCCGUAAAACGAACUCCCACUCUUUAGUUAACCCUUCCAUACAAUUGCCCCCGCACUCGGCAGCACCGUAGUCCUUCGCCUCGAUUCAUCUAUUUUUCACGAAAACUAUACCUCAAUCACCCUCUCAAACUCAGAAUCAUCAAAACCCAGGCUGGCGGGUCGUUUGUUGCUUUGCAUUCUUGUUAGAUUCGUUAAUUUGCAUUUCCAUCGAGCAAAGCUGCUUAUUGAAGAGCUAGAGGAGAAUGGGGUUGCCAAAUGUCUCUGGGGACUUAUCAGCAGAGAUGGAGGUUGAUGCUUUCAGACGCCUUUUCCCUCUUCGCUUUUAUGAGCGUCAUCUUGCAGAUUCUAUUCGUCCUGAUGCCAGACCACUUGGAAGAGCUAGAGAUACAACAAUGGCCCUUGGGGCUGUGGCAUCUGCUGAUGGGUCAGCACUAACGAAGAUUGGUUCAACUACCAUGUUGGCUGCAAUAAAGAUGGAAGUCAUGACCCCUUCCACCGAUUCACCAGAUGAAGGCUGCAUAGCUAUUGAUUUCCACAUGCCUCCAAUUUGUUCUCCAAUUGUUAGGCCUGGUAGGCCCGCCGAGGCAGCACCAGUUGUGUCCAAGCAGUUAUCUGAUACAAUACUGAGUUCUGGCAUGAUAGAUUUAAAGGAACUAUCUUUGGUCAGUGGAAAAGCGGCAUGGAUGGCAUACCUUGACAUAUACUGUUUGGAUGCAGAUGGUGCUCUUUUUGAUUGUGCAUUGCUUUCAGCAGUGGCUGCCUUCUCCAAUUUGCAAAUCCCGGUGGUUUCCCUGAACGAUGAUGGAAAGAUAGUAGUUGUGUCUGAGGAAGGUGAGGAAGGAAAGUUGGAAAAGGAGCCAGUCAAUAAGGAAAAGAGGAAGCUCACGCUGAGAAGCCUGCCAUUCUCAUUAACAUGCAUACUUCACAAGAACUAUAUCUUGGCAGACCCCACUGCAGAGGAAGAGUCUAUCAUGGAAACUCUUGUAACUGUGGUUUUGGAUUCAUCUUCUAGACUUGUGUCCUUCUACAAGCCAGGUGGACCAGUUCUCGCCUAUACAUCAGCUGUUCAGGAUUGUGUUGCAUUAACAAGGCAAAGAGUGAAGGAACUUCAAAAAAUUUUAGAUGAGGCUGUUUCUGGUAUGGAGAUUGACUAGGUUUGAUUUUUAUGUGCUGAGAAAAUAUCCAGGUCAUUAAUCUAUUCGUGCGUAGUAGCAUACCUUUGAAUACAAUAUCCUCUCUAUCCUGUUCCUGUGGUGAAUCUAGUAAUGCCAUGAGAGGCUCUCAAAUGCAGGAAUUGCUAGUAAACUUCGGUUACAUUUGUGGGAAAGCUUUUUUGUUGCAUUUUGUUCCAUCUUGUGACAGUUGACAUGGAAUUUUUGCCAAGAGUGAAUGCAAGGCAGUUUCACUGUGAGUUCCACUAGCGCCAAUCAAAUAAUUCCAUGGGUAAUUUACAGUAUAGUCCCUGAGAUAUUGUAAAAUCUACAACUUAGUCUCUACUCUUUUAACAGUUAACAAUUUAGUCCAUGAGUUUUUUAUUUUAC